AUGUAUAAGAAGUUCCUAAUAAUGAAAGAUAAUGGAAGGAAGAGGAAAUCGUUAUCAUCUUUUGCUGUAAUCAGAUCGUUCUUUCCGUGCCGUGCCAAGGACAGAGACAAGUGGAACGAAGAGAAAGUGAUCAAUGUCAGGCCAAGAAUCAUGAGCACAGACGAGGAUGGAUGUUCAUGCAUCGCUGAGCCCUGUAUCGAUAGGAGAGCCACUGCUUUCAUUGCUAAGUUUCACGAAACUCGCAUACAAGAUCCUGAAUAUAAGAUUAUCACUCCUUAA